AUGCUCACAACUUUCCUCAUUACUGCACUCUUUCUGCAGGUAUCAUUUAGCAUUCGGACUUCUCGAGAUAUUAUUUAUCGAGCGCCCAAUGUCACGUCUCCGGAAAUUCCGCUCGAUGUAUUCCAGGUCGAGGCACCGUUGAGGAAUACAUAUGAGGGUGCGGCUUGUCAACAAGUUAUUAUGCAACACAAUUUUACUGCAAGCUAUGGCAGUCCCUAUGUUGGCACGUACUCGCCUCCCAAGAAUUGCACGUUCACGACUACAAUUUUUAAUAUGUCUAUCACCUCAAUUGGCAUCAACUAUGAUCGAUUAGGUCUCAUCUUCUUGGGCGACAUUGAAGUUUGGAGGACCACAACAGCAAUGCCUGUACGAACCGGAAUUUACUACAAUUUUCAAAAGGACAUGACGAUCUUUGACACCCUCCUCCAGUCGGAACAGAAAGUGAUCAUGGAACUAGACAAUAUCUACGAUUCAGUAUUCACAGGCAACUAUGAUGUCACAAUGACAGCGCUGUACUUCAACGAUCACGACAAAGCAACACCAGCAGAUCUUAUUCUUCCCAUCUCAGCCGAGCUUUCAUCACAGAAUAAAUCUUCUGUUCUUUCUCUACCAGAUGGGAAUGCGACAGUGUCAUUCACUUUGCCAAGAAACGUAGAGAGAGCCGUUGUUAGCAUCCUUGCCUCGGGAAACGGAGCCGAGGAGUUCUGGUAUACAAAUGUCCCAACCCAAUACGAUGACACCUUUAACAAUACCGCACUUUCUGGAUACGGCCCGUGGCGCGAGGUUCAACUUCUGGUUGAUGGUCAAGUUGCUGGUGUAGGGUGGCCCUUUCCAACUGUGUUUACUGGAGGCAUUAGUCCCGGUCUCUGGGUUCCGAUCGUUGGAAUUGAUACCUAUGACUUGCCGAGCUUCGAAAUUGAUAUCAGUCCUUGGCUUGGAGUACUGUGUGAUGGGAAGUCACACACAUUUGCGAUGGAAGUUGUGGGAUAUGAUUCUGUGACAACACUUGGCACGGUAGGCUCGAAUUGGUGGAUCACCGGAUCAAUUUUUCUUUGGGUUGACAGUGCAGGAAGUCAGACGACAGGAACAACUAUUCAAUCAUCCACCGCUGCACCGUCGUUCGAUUUUGCUCCUACGAUUGGAACUGCUUCGGGUCUAAAUACCUCCCUGCUUGUCUCCCUCUCCGCUCAUCGAACCAUCAGCCACAGUAGUACAAUCACCACCUCCCACGGUCCCCGCACUCUCACAUGGUCCCAAUCCCUCUCCUACAUUAACAAACAAAACUUUACCGCGUUAGGCUACAACGCGACUCUCUACCAACUCACAUCCGGCACUUCAUCCUACUCCCCACUACUAUCCCAUCCUUCUACAGAAACCGACUUGAUUACCAACAGUUACAGCUAUCCCAUUUCCUUCACACAACAAUACAUCGUUCCUAUAGACCCCACAGUUGUGAACAGCACCUUAAUCGCAGACCUCGAUCGCAGUAAACUUACCUCCAGGAUACCCAUCCUAUCCUACCUCACCAAACCUUCUGUAUUCUCCGCUCCAGAGGUUCUAUCAACAAGACAGAACGGCAGCUGCAUCUAUUUCUGGAACAAUACCUACUACGAUUUCGCUGGUGCAAUCGAUCCAGCAAUGGGGACACUAGGAGCAACAGAACAAUGGUUCAGCUUCUCGGGACCUGUAGAAAGUGGUGGAAUGGAGAGUUAUGGGAGGCAUGUCAGGGCUAUAGAUGGCUACGUGCCUGUUCUGACAGAGGAUGAGACCUUUGACCAUACGAUUGAGGUCCCAGAAACUCAGAUUGUGCCCGGGAAUGAACUUUGA